GAAACACUGUAAACACUCGGAGCAGUUUUCAUCUCUUUUCCUUUUAAUAAGAAGAACAAGGAUAGAAACAUUACAACAGUAUCUCGAGGUAACUUCAUUUUUGCCCCACUUGUUUUUGUUCUUUUUCGUGCGUCAACCAUUGACAAGAAGACAGAAACAUGCCUUCGGUAACCCUCAAAGACGUCGACCAGCACAAAUUCGUAAAGGCCUUCGCCCAGUUUUUGAAAAAGACUGGUAAACUACGCGUUCCAGAAUGGAUCGACUUGGUUAAAACCUCUAGAGCAAAAGAAUUGGCCCCCUACGACCCCGACUGGUACUUUGUACGUUGCUCCUCUGUAAUCAGGCACAUUUACAUCAGGAACCCAAUUGGAGUGGGUUCAGUUACCAAGAUUUUUGGCAGCCGUAAACGCAACGGUACCAAGCCUUCCCACUUUUGCAAGUCGGCUGGAAGCAUUGCUCGCAAAUCUUUGCAGAGUUUAGAAGGUCUGAAACUGAUUGAAAAAUCUGCUGACGGUGGCAGGAAACUGACCCAACAAGGCAGAAGAGAUGUUGACAGGAUUGCUGCCCAAGUUAAGGCUAAGGAGAGGAAGGCCCUUAAGGCUAGCGCUGUUUUAACUUUGACAUAAAAAUGUAAUGAAUAAACAAUUAAAAAAUUAAUUAUU